AGGUGUAUUGAAAUCAUCGCAACAAAUUAAUAUGCUCCAAAUGGAGGAAGAUCAAGGAAAUAACAAUUUGGAGUCAAAGUUUCUUUUAGUUGGCUUGGUUUACACUUGCUUACUUUUAGACAACAUGCUUCUUACGGUCAUAGUUCCAAUACUGCCAGAUUUUCUGUCAACAAAAAUACAAAAAAUUAGCAUGGUAAAUGAUGAAUUACUAAGUGCAAAUUCUACAGAAUCCUUCAGAUUACAGCUUGAUUAUAUCAGAUUAGAAAAUGGCUCAGUUGGACUAUUGCUCUCUGCUAAAGCAAUUGUUCAGCUUAUUUGCAACCCUUUAGUUGGAAUUUUGACAGAGCGAAUUGGUUACAGACUUCCGAUAUUUUUGGGAAUGUUGCAGUUGUGGUUGUCGUCAUUUCUUUUUGCUUUGGGAGAGACAUAUUGGAGCCUUUUGUUGGCUAGAUCUAUACAUGGUUCUGCUUCUGCUUGCUUAGGAGUUGCAGCAAUGUGUGUCGUUGCUGAAUUAUAUCCGGAUGAGAAUUUAAGGUCUCGUAUAAUGGGAAUAGUACUUGGGAGCAUUGCAUUGGGAGUACUAAUAGGGUACCCAUUUGGGAGCUUCCUAUAUGCCUUCUUGGACAAAAGUGCUCCUUUCUACAUUAUCACAGUUUUAAUCACAGCUGUUUUAGUUGUGCAAUUUUAUUACAUGGAUCUGCAUAAGAAAUGUGAAAAUCUUCAAUAUUCAUCAACAAGUGUGAAAGAGUUAUUGAGCGACAAAUUGAUCCUCAUUAUAAGUGGAGCAAUUUGCGUAUCAACGUCUGUAAUGUCGAUAUUAGAACCUUGUUUACCAAUUUGGCUCAUGACCAGAAUCAAACCUAAGAAAUGGCAGUUAGGCACUGUAUUUCUGCCUGAUAGUAUUGGUUAUCUCGUUGGGACAAACUUUGUUGGCGGGUUGGCGUAUUCAUUUGGACAAUGGAAAGUUUCCAUUUGCGCUCUGAUUCUUGUUGGUUUUUCAAGUAUAUUAAUUCCUACUGCAAAUACGGUCUCUGAGCUUAUAUGGCCGCAUUUUUUUCUUGGAUUGGGAAUUGGAACCUUGGAUGCUUCAUUAGUACCACUCUUAGCAACACUAGUUGAUCUGAGACAUUGUGAAGGUUUGGGCACGCAUUAUGGAGCUGUCUAUGCUUUACAACAAAUGGCUGUCAGUUUGGCUUACUCCUUGGCUCCAAUAUUAGGUGGCGAAUUUGCUCAAUCUAUUGGAUUUUCGAAUCUUAUGCGUAUUAUGGGUAUAUUAAAUUUGAUGUACAGUCCUCUACUGAUUUAUUUGAUGAGGGGAUAUGAAAUACGUCGUGAAGACAGCGAAGAAAAUAUUCCAAUUCAUCAAUCAUGUCCAAUAUUCGAAAAUGACAGAAAACUACUCAGUAAAUCUGCUGGUAAUAAAUAUACUAGAUUAUAA